AUUCUUUUCUUUAUGAAAAACAUGAUUACUAUCACUCCCUCAACCCCUCCUUCUGAAAUCAAUGCUGAAGAGCAUAUGACCCUCAUCAACUAUCUCAACAAGACUUGCAAAGACAAUGACGAUCGCAUCCUUGCGUAUUACCAUUCGAACAACAGUUUUCAUUCUUUGACAUAUGCCCAAGUAGACCUUGUUGCUACUAACUUGGCUUGUAAAUGGUCAAAUAUCAUCAAGGACACACGAACAGUAUCCUAUUUAGCUGAUCAUAGUAUUGACUACCUGAUCGUCGUUUUGGCUCUUUUGAAGCUCCGUGUAACUCCCUUUCUGAUCUCCCCAAGGAAUUCUCAGGCGGCCAUUGCUCAUUUGAUGAAGACCACAACGUCUAAGUUUCUUUUAGCAAGCAAAAAGUAUCAAUCGAUAGCCAUGGCCAUCAGUUCCUCAGUCAAAGGCAUGAGAGAAUUAAUCAUGAGCCCACUUCAACUUGAUGUGCUAACAAUGGAACCUUAUUAUCCCAACUAUCAAGAUGUUCUUAACCACACCUUUAUCUCUUCAGAUAUUACAAAAACUGCACUCAUCAUGCACAGUUCAGGAACUACUAACUUUCCAAAGCCCAUCUAUUGUUCCAACAGGUACAUGUUUAAAGCUAUCAAUGCCUUGAAUGCGCUACAAUCGAGUGAACAUGCCAUGCUGCCUGUAGAUCAUAAUGAUGUAUUUCUUGUAUGCGCUCCUAUGUUUCAUUCCUUUGGAAUCACUUGUGUGCUUCAAAUGCUUGUAGCUGGUGGAAGUAUUGUAUACUUGGAAAAGCUUCCACCUUCUCAAAGUGAAAUUGCCCAGGCACUACGUUCUGUACAAUGCACCAUGAUGUCAGCACCUCCACUCAUCCUCGAGCAGAUGUUGAGCGUUAUACACGACGAUCUAAAGUACCGUGAAAAUCUCGCAAGGCUCAAGUACAUCUUCUUUGGCGGCGCUCCUCUCCGAUUUGACACUGGCGAGAAAUUUCACGAAUACGGUAUAAACGUCCGCGCGGUCUAUGGCUCUACAGAAUUUGGCACUAUCAUGGCCUCAGAUCUAGACCGCAAAAGCAGAAACUGGUAUGCGCUUCGUCCAUUUAUAAAGGACCCCAAUGGUCAAGAAUACUGUCUGUUUGAAACGGUAGAUCGUGAUGUAAAGCAUAUGGUUAUUCGAAGAGAUUGUCCCAACCUGGCUAUAGGUCUUGCUCAAGCUGAUGGGUACAGCUCAAACGAUUUGUUCAAGGAACAUCCGGAUUUUCCAGGGUAUUAUAUCUAUAUUAAUCGUCGCGACAAUAUUCUGAUUAUGGAAAACGGGGAAAAGACAAACCCGGCUCCAAUGGAAAUGGCCAUUGCAAACUGUUCAGUAGUCAGCCAAGUGAUUGUUCUGGGCCAUGGUCGACAGUGCACUGCUGCUCUUGUUGAGCUGCAUAAAGAAUACAUGAAGAAUGAUCAACAAAACGACGCUAUGAAGAUAGUGUAUGACGCUGUUGAAGAAGCUAACAAAGAGUGUCCUAGUCACAGUAUGCUUUUAAAACAAAUGGUCAAGAUACUUCCUCCUGGUAAGACAUUGCCGACAACAGUAAAGGGUGGCGUAUCGCGUAAAGCUGCUGAAGAAAUGUAUAAAGAUAUAAUUGAAUCCAUGUAUAAAGCAUUUAUAGAUGGCCCACAAAAACGAAGCGCAUCUCCAGUAUCACAGAGUCCCGAAAAGGUCAAGGAGUUUUUGAUCGACUCUGUUUCAGCAACGCUUAAUAUGUCCAAGGUAUCUCUACAGGAUACAUCAUGUUCUUUGUUUAGCCUUGGCCUCACGUCACUAUCUGCCAUUCAACUUCGCAAUCUUGUAGCUUCAGAAUAUAGCUACAUUCCGCAAGACUUUGUCUACCAGUUUUCUAAUAUCGAUGCCAUGUGUACAGCUCUCACAACAGCCAAUAUCAUCAACAAGCCAGUUCAAAAAGAACAACAGUAUGAACAAACACAGAUGCUGGCGAAGGCUUAUAUUAAAAGAGCAGCAGUAGACUUUCCUGUGGUUAAGGAGCUCUGUGAAACGAAGAACAGAGAUCUCGUCAUUCUACUGACGGGUGCUACAGGUUCUCUUGGGUCGUUCUUACUAUGCGAGCUGCUAAAAAGUAGAAAAGUCAAAAAAGUAUACUGUAUGGUAAGAGGCAACAGUGAUAUCGAACGGCGACAGAGAAUGGAAGAGGCGCUCUUGUCUCGCAAGCUUGACGUUUCUUUACUGGAUGAUGCGUCACGUAUAGAACUGUUACCGAUGGAUCUGAGCGAUCCCUACCUUGGUCUCUACCGAGAUCGAUACUUGGAACUUCAAUGGGAAAUCGACAUGGUCCAGCAUUGUGCUUGGAUGUUGGAUUUUAAUCGAACUGUCGCUGACUAUGAUAAAGAAUGUAUUUCAUUCUUUUAUAACCUAUUAAAGUUUGCUUACCGUGAAUCUAACCCGAUGCGAGUCCAUUUCAUCUCGAGUGUUAGCGCAAGUGUCAAGCUUGGAAAUCUCAUCGAAGAAGUUCCGCUACCGUUUAAUUCACGUGUCGCAAUGCCAAAAGGUUAUGCUCAGUCCAAGUUUAUUGUCGAAGUGCUCCUUAACUACCUUGUGACCAAGAAAAAGUGGCCAUGCUUCAUUGAGCGCUUAGGCCAAGUCUGUGGUGAUACGGAGCAUGGCGUCUGGAACAUAUCUGAACAAUAUCCUCUCAUGUUUAUCGGUGGAGCACGCAUGAUGAAGAAAAUGCCCAAGCUUGAUACAGUCAUCGAUUGGAUCCCAGUCAAUUAUGCCGCGGCGUCUAUUUCUGAAAUAAUGCUGCAUACUUCAACACUGCAAGCUUGCACGGACACGUCUGUGUAUCAUGUGGUGAAUCCCAAGAUAAUUACGUGGUCUGACAUUCUUUGCGUGAUGAAGAAGGCUGAUAUGGCCUUUGAUGUGGUUUCGCCUUCAGAAUGGGUUCAGGAGCUUUCACACGAUAUGAAUAAUCCGGCUUAUCGUCUGUUGUCAUUCUACAAGACAAAUUUGACAGAUUCGUUCAAGAUGCCCGUUUGGCAAACUGAAAGGACAAGAAAAGUUUCUCCUACUCUCAACAAAGUCCCGGCAGUGGACGUCAUUUUAUUUAAAAAAUGUUUGGAAUAUUGGGAACAAAAGGGAUUCUUGAAUUCACUUUAGAACAUCAUAAUGCCAAAGUCUUUAGAAGCACUGAUAGCCAUAAAAGGGUCUUUAGACUUUGUUUGCUCUAAUAAACUACUUGUGUAUUAGUAAUUUAAGAACUCACUUCUACUUUUAUAAAAUGUAUCACUAUUGUCUUCUU